AUGACACCUCGGCACCUCGCCCUCCGCCCUGCAAGCUCACAGAACAAAGAUUCGCCUUCCUCUUCCAUAGCAGAAGCCAGCCUAUUCGAGACGAGCUCGAGCCUUGCUGCCUUGGCGAGCUUCAGCCGAAUCGAGGUCGAGCCUGGCGGCAGGCCAACAGACAAAGCAACGCAAAAACCCUUCGAAUCAAUGGAGACCUCCGCAGCAACCCCGACCCGGCCGCCCCACCCGGCGGCCGCUUCCCCAUCACCGUCGUCCUCGUCGUCGCUGAGGCUGUGGAGGUCAGCGGCGCAGCGCAACGUGCGCAACCAGUGGUCGCAUCUGAGCACCGCCAAGGACCAGUGGCUGGCCGCCGUUGCUGAUGGCCGCUCCCACGCCUCCGCGCUCGUCAACACCCACCUCUCCCGCAGGAACAUGCCGGCGACGGAUUUUGGGGUGCUCAAGGACAUGCCGGGGAUCCGCGAUAAAGCUAACUCCAAGUUGGCACGUAGAGAGGAGCAAUACAGUGGCAUGCUUCUGUCGGCCUACAAGGAGAUGGUCCGUCAGCUGUCCUACUUGGUUAAAGCUUCCCAUUCUAUGCGCCGUUUUUCCAAAGCGACUCCAAAUUGUUCCAUCAUGCAGUUUUCUGACCGCCAAGAUGAUUUGAAUGAUUCAGGGGAUGGUGGAGGAGCGCCAGUAUUCAAAUGGUUCUCCAUAUUAGAAUUUGAGAGUCUUGCCCAGGAGCUUGUUGAGAUGUUUGUUUCAGAGCAAAAGUUGAAGAGGCUGCUACUCUUGGGAUUUCUCUCAAUUACUUUAAACAAAGGUGUAGAACAUCAGACAUCAUUAGAUUGGGGUGAUGAGCUAUAUGAUGGUGAAUCAAACGAACUUCAGAGUAUUGGCCUUCAGUCAGGAGAUACCUAUCAACUGCCUGAAAAUUGGAGUGUGGAUAUCUUAGGGAGUCAGCGUCCUGGCAAUACCCCUUCGCACGAAGUUUUACAGAAUUUGCACCUUGAAUUUGGUUGUGAUAACAAUGAUGAUUUCUUACAUUAUAUCAGAAUUGAUGAAAUAUUUGAGCUUGUUAAGGAGGAGAUGGAGAUUAAACUGUCUUGA